AAUGAUCGUUCUUUGUCUGUCGAGAGAUGGCAGUGUUGUCAAAAUCGAGCUGACGUGCCCAAAACUAAAGAAAAGUCAGAGAACAGGAAAAAUUAACCAGAUUUUUAUUUUUAGAAUGACUAGUCCAUCUGGAACCAAAAUAAUGGACAAUCGUGAUGCCAUGGCCGCUGGUAUAGCAGAGCUGUUGAGACCUGCAGUUCAAGAAGUUGACGAAAGGGUGAGAGUAGUGAGGGAGAGUCAAGUUGAACUAAGACACAGGAUUGAAGAGUUAGAUGAUGCUCUAAGAGAACUAUGCAAAGAGAAGAGCGCCCCCAUUGAUUUGGAUUUAUAUGUGAAGAAACUAGCCAACUGUAAACGGAGGAUUGCUACAGUUAAUAACAUUGUGCAGAAUGCUCAGGACCGUGUGAUGAAGCUGGACAAUAGAGCGAGCACCGUGACAAGAAAACGCUAUCGGCUGAUGACAAGACUUCGGGAUAAACUCUCUUUCGAGCCCAACCCAGAGCCCGGGGUCCCUGUCAAUGAAGCCCAUGACGAGCCUCUCAAUGAAGGUCAAGAUAAUGACGAUGGAGACCAAGAAGAUAAAACCCAAGAUGAUUCCAUUCUAGAUGAAGAAAGGGCUGAUACAGAUCAUAUAAACAAGGAGGAAGUUAAUUCCUUGUCUGAGAAGUGAUGAGAUUGGAAGGAUUUAUUUGUCCAUCAGUUUCCAUGGUGAUUGUGCAACCAUUUCAAUGCCAAUCAUGCAGAGCGUGGAAGAGAUUUAUGACCAGCAGACAAAUCGUCAUGCCACUAGAGAACGCCUUGUUGUCCAGUCAAUAUCUCGCUUUCCUUACGCUGACAGUUUCCCAAGGCUAAGUCGAGCUUGGUCAAAGAACUUCUCAUUGGGGUGUUUCUUUCCCCAAAGAAGUCUCAAUUGGCAGUAUUUUCAAUGCUUCUAACUAAGUCUUAGGCAGCAAAUAACAAUCCACUCCCCAUGGAAGCUAACGCCCAUAGAGUACUGAAGUGUGACGUUAGUUGCCAUGGUGUCAUGGCGGGCGCGUUCUAAACAGAGUCAUAGCUGACGAUCAUCUGUACACAUUUGUAUUUGAAAAUUGGCUCGUCUGAAAAAUAGGUUGCAAGUGAUCAAAUUCCGAUUGCAGCCAUUUUCUCUUAUGAGAAACACACACUUUCAUUCGGAUGGUUCAUUUGUUUAGAACCAGGCCGCCAUGAUACCAUGACAACUGAUGUCAUUGCUUCGGUACUCUGUAUUAUAUUGGUGUAUAUGAUACAGUUUAAACUAUAAACACCGUGUGUGGUUUCCCAUUGACUGUGUGUUUAAAAAACUAGUCCUUUCGAGAUGAUAAUACAGUGUAUAAAAUAUACUAUUAAAUUGCCUAUAAUUUUAUUCGUACAUGUACAUGGCAAUUAAAAUGUUUUCAGGCGGAGAGUACUUGCUUUGCUCCCUGGUAACAUAAUAAUUGGAAUAUAGUAUGAAUGUGUAUGUACAGUGAAUAAGUGUGUUAUUCAAGUGGUCCUUAAUCAUAAGACUACACUGUUAUUACAUGUACUAUUGCAUAAUGGGUUAGGAACCGGGCUAGAUUUGAGCAGUUAAGGACUUAAGAUGAUGCUUUAUGCAGGAUUGCUGGUUCAUAUUGGCUUUAAAAAAAUCUUUGUUUUUAUCCUAUCCUAAUGGAAGUGUUGAAUGGUGUUGAGUAUGAAGUUUUACUGUUGAGUUAUGUACAGCUUUGUUUAAAGAAACUUCUGAAGACCUCUGAAUUUCUUACUUCCAAUGGAGUUUCCUUGAUAGUGUGUCCCAUGAAAAAAAAUCUCUUAUUUUUAUAGAAAGGCCAAAUCAUCUCAGUUUUGUUCUCAUGAAAUUCUCUUUUUUCUUGAUGGGAAGGGAAAAGUUUAUGUAUUGAUAAGCAGUAGUAUUGUAUUGUUUGUUGUUUCUUUUACCAAAUCUUGACACGCACUGGCGUAAAUCCAAGGAGUGAACCUAUUGUUUGGGUGGGGGGGGGGGGUGGCGUGAACAAUUGUUUCACCCCCCCCCCCACUUGGAAUAGUUUGACAUGCAUGGAUUUAUGCCCAUGUUGAAACAAGAGUACAGAUUCAUUUGGGAGUUUGGUCAAAUUUUUACUGACAGGCCUCAUUAUUUGACCUUAAUUGUAUUGUCUAUAUUCUGCCAUGUGUGAAUGAUUCACUAAAUGUCUCAAAUCAAUAGAAUUAAUAUUACUCUUGCUGUAUUGUCAAAAUUGUUCACAGAACAUUUUCAUGACACAUUUUCUUGGUCACACUGUAAAUCAGAGCUAGUUCACAGAAGUCCCUUUAUUUGUCGAGGUGGGGGGGGGGGGGUGGUUAUGCAUCCCUAAAAGCAAUGUUUGGGUCAUGUACAUUACACCCCUUACUCCUCUAUUUUUGAUACACCUUUGGAAAUAAGCGCAUUGUUAGGGUAGAUUGCAUCAUCACUGUUUUAAUCAAUGGAAAUGACACCAUGAAAUGGUAUGUAAUAGAAAAUAUAUGGGGGCGGGGGGCAUAGUGGUCUAGUGGUUGUGCCUCUUUAUUUUGAAAUCAGAGGGUCAUGGAUUUGAUUCCUAGCCAUGGCAUGUUUCUCCUUCAGCAAGAAAUUUACCCACAUCGUGCUGCAUUCAACCCUUGUGAGGUGAAUGGUUAUCCGGCAGGUUUAAUUCUUUGAAUGGCACCUUGAGCUAAAUCUGGGGUAAUAAUAUAAUAAGAGUGCACCUCAGAGAUUAUUAUAUCUCUUGCACUAUAAAAAUAUCAAUUAUUAUUUUGUAUAUAGAAAUUAUAUGUAAUAACUAAUAAAGUAUACUAUACCAUUCCA